AAACUACUUCCUGGAUAAUUAAAGUUUGGGUUGUAAAUUCAUUAUAAAAUGACGGACCAAAUAUAUAGGACAUAAACCCGAAUCAUAGGGCUUAUUGGUUGGGCUCAAAUUAACGGCGGCUUACAUGCAAAUUGGAAUUCUUCCGUGAUGAAUAAGGAAACCGACCUAAUUCAACAAGUUUAUAUAAAACGUACGUAACCUUAUACCACCAUCGAUUAACUAGUCGUUUAAGUUCAGAGAAGAAGAAAGAAAAGUAUAGAAUGGAGGUGAAAGGAGUGAAGCUUAAGGUCCUUGGGAGGGGAGCAUAUGGUGUGGUACAUUUGGUGGAAACGACUUCUCCUUGUUCUGGGUUGUUUGCUGUAAAAUCUGCACCUUUAACAAAGUCUUUUUCUCUUUCCAAGGAAUGGGAAAUAUUUAAAAAGUUUAUAGGUUGCCCAAAUAUUGUUCAAUGUUUUGGUGGUUUCACGAGUUUUGAACGAGAUGGAGGGUAUUUUUAUAACUUAUUUCUUGAAUAUGCAUCUGGCGGUAGUCUCUUGGAUUUGACGAACAAGUAUGGGGGCAAAAUACCCGAAUGUGAUGUGAAGGAUUAUGCAAGAAUGAUUCUUGAAGGGCUUGUUGACAUUCACAACAGAGGAUACAUCCAUUCUGAUCUUAAACCAGAAAAUAUUUUGGUUUUUCCAUCUCAGACCGGUUCCGAUUUGAAUACUUUAAAGAUUGCGGAUUUUGGGUUAGCUAGACAAUGUGGGGAAAAAGAUAUUCCACAACUUUGGGAAUAUGGCUUUCGAGGCACAGCAGAUUAUAUGUCACCUGAAUCUGUGAUGGGAGAAAUCAGUGGUGCAUUGGAUGUAUGGUCACUCGGUUGCAUUAUUGUUGAGAUGAUUAGUGGGAAAAUGCCAUGGAACUAUAGCAACCUGAAAGAUUUGAGAAACAAGCUUUUGAAUGGAGAAUCACCCAAAAUCCCAGAAAACAUGUCAAGUAUUGGGAAGGAUUUCUUAGCAAAGUGUUUUGCUAGGGAUCCCAAGCAACGAUGGAUGGCUAAUAUGCUGUUAAGCCACUCUUUUCUUAUGCCAGAGUUCAGCUUUUUUUCGUAUGGAAGCAAUCUCCCACAACUCUUCUCAGCCCUUUCUUCAACAAUUUUUGACGAGGACAAAUCGUUAAUCCAAUCCACAAAGAGUUUCCAAAAGGAUGACAAAUUCGGACCAGAAGAAGAUUUGGUUGAAAACUUAAGGUUGCAAGUAAUGAAGAUGGGCGUCUAGGAAUAUGGUGCAAAUUGAAGAAUUCAAAGGCAUAAUCAACAUGCAGAUGAAACCUGAAAAAGCCACCCUCUUCCUCUUGGUUAUGUUGCAACCAACAUGUUAUCAAAGUAGACCUGAUGUUUGCUUUUAGGCUUUGUCUUGGAUUAAUAUUUUCAAACUUUUUAUUAUUGUAUUAUGUUCUUUUAACAGUUUAAGCUUAUA